AGAGUUAUGAUCGCGUUUGGCCCACCUGAAUAUUCUCAAAAACUCACUGACGAAUGGGAGCAAUAUUUUAAAGACAACAUCCUACCCAAGUUUGAGAGCGUAAAUUGGUCGCAAGAGAAGUCUGGCUGGGGAUGGCUAGAAUGCUCGGAUACGUCGCGUGUCUACGAGAUUCUAACUGCCUAUGGAUGGAAACUGGGCAUGAACCCUUGGGGUAGCACUCGAUACGAUCCGACGCAGCAGAAACCUCCACAG